AUGGACGAGGCCGAUCAAAUCCUUGUGACAGAUCUAAACGGAUUAGGAAUCAAAGUUGACACUCUUCAGGAGGUUAAAUCAAACACUUUUGUAUAUGCCAUCGGAGUGGUCCUAGGUAACAUUGGGAAGCUCCUGGGCCAGAAUAACUUUAUGACUGAAGAAAAAUUGAGAACUACUCAAAACUUUGAAGAAGUAUCCAAUAAGUUCCAAGUGUGCCAGGUGCUUGUAUCAUACCUAAAGAAGCUAGGCUUCUAUUACGACGUAAAUUUUAACCACUUCUUCUACCCAAAUAUUCAUCAGAUCAGGAGAAUCCUUGGAUUCUUAUUCGAGUACAUCUCUAAGAAGGAAGAAGAAAUCGCUCUUGCUGCCAGAGGUGAAGCCGGCGAGUUCGGAGCAGAUGGUGAAGAAAACAACUAUGAGUUCAUGACUAAGAGAAGGCUUAAGAAAUGGGUCAAAAAGCCCUGGAUCAUGCCAGAAUUCUACGUCGAGACUAAGAACACGUUCCUCAGAAAUAGGAGAAAGAUUCGAGUCCUUGACGAGAGAGAUAAAGAGCUUCUCUCAAACACUAAGAAUAAAAAGGUUUUGGGAGUCCAUGAGUUUCUUGACCAGGUUAAGGUCUUCAAUGAGAGAAUCAACUUCAAGAAUGAGUCCCUCAACCCAGUCAAAAUUGCUGAUACUUCCUUCUACAAGGCAUUUGAGACAGAGCAGAAUGACACUAAUGAUUUUCUCGACGAUGGUGAGAACGAGAUGGAAAUAAAGAGAAGAGAGUUCUACGAAGAAAAGCAGAGAGCUUUCGAGAAUCUCAGGGACCUCAUUCCAAGGAAGCCUCGUAACAUCAAUGAGAUCAUCAGAUCACGCCAGAAAUUCGCCCCUGAAGAAGACCAGGAUAUUGAAGAGUACAACUUAUUCAACAGAAAUGUAAAAGUCAUGGAAAGCAAGGAAGAAGACAUGAACAUUGAUGAGCAAAUUCAGAUCAAGAAGAAAGCAUGGAAAAAGAAGAAAGACAUGCUCUCAGAGCUGGAAAGUCUUCAACAGAAAGGAAUCGCUGGACUAGAUCAAGAAAUCGCUGAUUUAGAAGCUAAAUUCUCUGAAUUGCAGAAGCAGCUUGAUGAAUAUCAGAAGCCUAUUGAAGAAGAAAUUAGGACUGGUAACGAAGAGCUACAGGAUAUGAAAUUAGAGUACGGCUUUAAAGCCAACCAGAUUAAGGACAUUAAGAAGCAGAUCAAGAAAGCCUUAGCUGAGCUAAAGUACAAGAAGGAAAUGCUAAAGUUUAUGGAAGAGGAGUACUCUAAAAUCCCCAAGGAUAUCAACAGGAACCAGUACAUCAAGCGUAUCAAUGAAGUUGUCAAUAACGUCAAGCUCCAGCAGGAAGAGAUUCAGAGAUCUCUCAAAGACCUGACAAGCAUCCAAGAGGAGAUCAGUGAUGAGAUCAGAAAGAUCAGCAAGUUGGAUAAAGAGAUUGAGGAUAUGUUGUUCAAGCCUGCCCAGAAGGACAAGAUUGCUAAGAAGAUCUAUGAGGAAUAUUUAUCCCUCAAGGAUGCCUUUAGCAAACUCAUUGAGACAGUCCAGAGCCAGAACUUGGCCAAGAACGCAACCAAAGAGGUUAGUUCUAAUAUCGAAGCUUUCAAAGGCAAGUAUAAGAACUUUGAAGAUUAUAAGAAGAUCGAAGAUGACCUUGUCAAGAUGCAGGAGGAGAAUGCUAAGCUAGAGGCUUAUAUCUCCAAGAAUGCUUAA